CGACCCGCGCCCGGAGCCCGAGCCCGGGCCCUCCUCGCCGCCGCUGCCCGCGGGGCCCGGGAAGGAGGAGCCGGAGCCGCGCCCGCCGGAGCCCAGGCCGCCCCGGAGGGCGACCAAGCCCAGGAAAGCUCCCAGGAGGGAGAAGCUGGCUCCGGAGCCGCCUCCGGCAGGUAAAAACAGCAACAGAAAAGGCAUGAGAACCAAGAGCUCCGAGAAGGCUGCCAAUGAUGAUCACAAUGUCCGCGUGGCCCCUGAAGAUGUCAGAGAGAGUUGCCCACCUCUUGGUUUGGAAACCUUAAAAAUCACAGACUUCCAGCUCCACGCCUCCACUGCCAAGCGCUAUGGCCUGGGAGCCCAUCGAGGGAGACUCAACAUCCAGGCGGGUAUUAAUGAAAAUGAUUUUCAUGAUGGGGCAUGGUGUGCGGGAAGGAAUGACCUCUACCAGUGGAUCGAAGUGGACGCUCGGCGCCUGACCAAAUUCACGGGUGUCAUCACUCAAGGAAGGAACUCGCUCUGGCUGAGUGACUGGGUGACAUCCUACAAGGUCAUGGUGAGCAAUGACAGCCAUACAUGGGUCACUGUUAAGAACGGAUCUGGAGACAUGAUAUUUGAAGGAAACAGUGAAAAGGAGAUCCCUGUUCUCAAUGAGCUGCCCGUCCCCAUGGUGGCCCGCUACAUUCGCAUAAACCCGCAGUCCUGGUUUGAUAACGGCAGCAUCUGUAUGAGAAUGGAGAUCCUAGGCUGCCCAUUGCCAGAUCCUAAUAACUAUUAUCACCGGCGGAAUGAAAUGACUACCACCGAUGACCUGGAUUUUAAGCACCACAGCUAUAAGGAAAUGCGCCAGUUGAUGAAGUUUGUGAACGAAAUGUGCCCCAAUAUCACCAGAAUUUACAACAUUGGAAAAAGUCAUCAGGGCCUGAAACUGUAUGCCGUGGAGAUUUCCGACCACCCUGGGGAGCAUGAAGUUGGAGAGCCCGAGUUCCACUACAUCGCGGGGGCCCAUGGCAACGAAGUGCUGGGCCGUGAGCUGCUGUUGCUGCUGCUGCAGUUUCUGUGCCAGGAGUACUUGGCUCGCAAUGUACGCAUCAUCCGCCUGGUGGAGGAGACGCGGAUUCACAUCCUGCCCUCUCUCAACCCCGACGGCUACGAGAAGGCCUACGAAGGGGGCUCGGAGCUGGGGGGUUGGUCCCUGGGACGCUGGACUCACGUCGGGAUUGACAUCAACAACAACUUUCCUGAUUUAAACAGCCUUCUCUGGGAGGCAGAGGACCGACAGAACGUCCCAAGAAAAGUUCCCAAUCACUAUAUUGCAAUCCCCGAGUGGUUUCUGUCUGAAAAUGCCACGGUGGCCAUGGAGACCAGAGCCGUCAUAGCCUGGAUGGAAAAAAUCCCCUUCGUGCUGGGCGGCAACCUGCAGGGGGGCGAGCUGGUGGUGGCUUACCCCUAUGACCUCGUGCGGUCCCCGUGGAAGACCCAGGAACACACCCCCACACCCGACGACCACGUGUUCCGCUGGCUGGCCUAUUCCUACGCCUCCACGCACCGUCUCAUGACCGACGCCCGGCGGAGAGUGUGCCACACGGAGGACUUCCAGAAGGAAGAGGGCACCGUCAACGGAGCCUCCUGGCAUACCGUCGCAGGAAGUCUGAACGAUUUCAGCUACCUUCACACAAACUGCUUCGAGCUGUCCAUCUAUGUGGGCUGUGAUAAAUACCCGCAUGAGAGCCAGCUGCCUGAGGAGUGGGAGAAUAACCGGGAAUCUCUGAUUGUGUUCAUGGAACAGGUUCAUCGUGGCAUCAAAGGCAUGGUGAGAGAUUUACACGGGAAAGGAAUUCCAAAUGCCAUUAUCUCCGUGGAAGGUGUUGACCAUGACAUUCGAACAGCCAAUGAUGGGGAUUACUGGCGCCUCCUGAACCCCGGAGAUUAUGUGGUCACGGCAAAGGCAGAAGGCUUCACCGUAUCCACCAAGAACUGUGCGGUCGGCUACGACAUGGGGGCCACGCGGUGUGACUUUACGCUCAGCAAAACCAACAUGGCCAGGAUCCGAGAGAUUAUGGAGAAGUUUGGGAAGCAGCCUGUCAGCCUGCCAGCCAGGCGGCUGAAGCUGCGAGGGCGGAAACGGCGACAGCGCGGGUGACCCUCUGGGCUCUCGAGACCCGUCCCGGACCCCUGGCAGACUAAACCAAUCCGGUAGUAGCUCCAUAGCAGACUUGCUUGGUGUCAUUUUCUCUGUAAUUGAAGAAGUGCCUGAGAAAGCGUGUGGUGCAAAGGAGGCCCCAAAGGGGAGGGCUGGAGGCUGAGGAUAUUUUAUUUUCUUUGUUCCCAUUUAUCCAAAUAACUUGG